AUUUUCAUGCUUAUCACAGCCUCUGCUCCCACAAACAAUGUCCUUGGUGCCAUAAAUGGCCUCGGCCAAACCUCUGCGUCGGUAGCUCGUGUUGUUGGUCCCACUUUGGCGACUUCGCUCUUUGCUGUAUCAAAGGAGCUCAACCUUCUAGGAGGAAAUGCAGUUUUUGUCGUCUUGAUUGUGUUGGCCGGUGGAUUGAGAUGGCUAGCAUCCCAGUUACCAGAUGAAGUACAAGACAGGGAUGAGUAA